AUGGUGAAGGAUAAUCGAGAUUCUGACCAAGACCAAGAUUUUAGUUCUGCUCACAUGAAAAGACAACCGGAGCAGCAACAGUUGCAACAGCACCAGUUCCCAAGUAAGAAACAACGAAUAUCUCACCAUGAUGACAGUCAUCAAAUCAACCAUAGACCAGUUACCUCAUGUACACAUUGUAGACAGCACAAAAUCAAAUGCGAUGCUAGUCAAAAUUUCCCUCAUCCUUGCUCCAGAUGCGAAAAAAUUGGUCUCCACUGUGAAAUCAAUCCUCAAUUCAGGCCUAAGAAGGGCUCACAGUUGCAACUACUGAGACAAGAUGUGGAUGAAAUCAAAUCUAAACUCGAUACUCUUCUGGCCAAUGACAGCGUUUUCGUUCAUCUUUUACAACAGAUUCCCAUGGGCAAUAGCCUUUUGAAUAAGCUCAAUCUGCAUCCAACUCCAACUCCGGGUACUAUUAUCCCUAACCCAGAUUCUUCUCCUUCCUCAGGUUCUCCAACUUCUUCCGCGGCUCAACGAGAUUCUAAGGUUUCAGUUCAAACUUAUUUGUCCAGGGAACCCCAACUCUUACAAGCAAAUCAGGGCAGCAAUACGAAUAAAUUUAAAGCAAAUAAUGAAGCAUCUUCUCACAUGACGUUGCGCGCAUCUUCUUUAGCGCAAGAUUCGAAAGGCUUGGUUGCAACAGAGCCAAAUAAGCUGCCCCCGCUGCUAAAUGACUCAGCAUUGCCUAAUAAUUCAAAAGAAUCUUUACCUCCUGCUUUGCAAAUGGCUUUUUAUAAGAACAACUCUGCAGGUAACACUCCGAACGGCCCCUUCUCUCCAAUUCAAAAAACAUAUUCCCCUCAUACUACGUCGACCACCGUUACAACGACAACAAAUCAACCACCAUUUGCAGCAACAAGCCACGUAGCAACAAAUAACAAUGCAGAUAGGACGAAGACGCCGGUAGUAGCCACCACCACGACUAUGCCAUUAUUGCCUUCGCCGCAUGCAAAUGUAGAUGAGUUUGUACUGGGCGAUAUUAGUAUUUCCAUUGAAAAAGCGAAUAGAUUACACCAUAUUUUCGUGACUAGGUAUCUGCCGUAUUUUCCUAUUAUGUAUUCCAAUAACGCCACCGAAUUAUACUCCCAAUCUCAGUUGCUUUUCUGGACCGUGAUGUUGACGGCAUGUCUGUCUGAUCCUGAACCGACGAUGUAUUGCAAGCUAAGCUCUUUGAUCAAGCAACUUGCCAUAGAGACCUGCUGGAUAAGAACACCUAGAUCCACACAUAUUUCGCAAGCUUUGUUAAUAUUGUGCAUUUGGCCUUUGCCUAACCAAAAAGUCCUAGAUGAUUGUUCUUACCGUUUUGUAGGAUUAGCAAAGUCACUGUCUUAUCAAUUAGGUUUGCACAGAGGUGAAUUCAUUUCUGAAUUCACAAGAACUCAAACAUCAAUGCCAAAUGCAGAAAAGUGGAGAACUAGGACUUGGCUGGGAAUAUUUUUUGCCGAACUUUGUUGGGCGAGUAUCCUUGGUUUGCCACCAACUUCACAGACAGACUAUUUAUUAGAAAAAGCCUUAUCCUGUGGUGACGAAGAAUCAGAAGAAGAUAACAAUGACAGUAUUGACAAUAACAACAAUGAUAAAAGGAACAAGAAAGACGAGCCGCACGUUGAAAGUAAAUACAAACUACCGGGCAGUUUUAGAAGAUUGCUCAGCCUGGCGAAUUUCCAAGCAAAAUUGUCUCAUAUCAUUGGUUCUUCCACUUCCAGUCCUGAUGGUUUAUUGGAACCAAAGUAUCGUGCUGAGACACUGUCCAUCUUGGGAAAAGAGUUAGAUUUAUUAGCAAAAACUUUAAAUUUCCAGAGUGACGAUACUGUCAACAUUUAUUUUCUUUAUGUUAAAUUAACUGUCUGUUGUUUUGCAUUCCUACCCGAAACACCUCCUACCGAUCAAAUUCCAUAUGUCACAGAGGCCUAUCUAACAGCUACUAAAAUUGUCACUCUAUUGAAUAAUCUUUUAGAAACACACCAAUUAAUUGAACUGCCUAUUUAUAUUAGACAAGCUGCUACAUUUUCUGCACUGAUUCUCUUUAAAUUGCAGUUGACUCCUUUACUUCCUGACAAAUAUUUUGAUUCAGCAAGGCAAUCCGUGGUCACUAUCCAUAGACUUUAUAGAAAUCAGUUAACUGCGUGGGCCACUAGUGUUGAGAAUGAUAUUUCGAGAACUGCAAGUAUGUUAGAAAAACUGAACUUCGUACUGAUCAUGCAUCCAGAAGUUUUUGUGGAAGAAGACGGUAUUAUUUCUAGGAUGAGAUCACAUUUAACAGGGUCUCUAUUCUAUGAUUUGGUUUGGUGUGUUCACGAGGCGAGAAGAAGGGAAAUGGAUCCCGAAUAUAACAAGCAAGCCUUAGAGAAAGCCGCUAAGAAAAGAAAAUUUUCCUCAAAUGGUAUCUACAAUGGCACUUCGUCUACGGGUGGCAUAACGGACAGAAAACUAUAUCCAUUGCCACUAUAUAACCAUAUCUCCAGAGAUGACUUUGAAACUGUAACAAAAACAACACCAAGUGGAACCACUGUUACCACUUUAGUUCCUACUAAGAAUGCCUUAAAGCAGGCAGAAAAGCUAGCCAAGACAAAUAACGGAGAUUCUGACGGUUCUAUAAUGGAGAUUAACGGGAUACCUCUUUCCAUGCUCGGGGAAACAGGCAGCGUAAAAUUUCAAAGUUUAUUCGCUAAUACCUCGAAUAGUAACGAUUAUAAUAAUAAUAGGACGUUAUUGGAUGCGUCUAAUGACAUAUCAAUUCCCUCUAAUUCAAUUUAUCCAGUGGCUUCUGUCCCCGCUUCGAAUAACAAUCCACAAAGUACUAAGGUAGACUAUUAUAGUAACGGACCUAGUGUAAUUCCUGAUCUCUCCAUGAAAAGAUCAGUAAGCACUCCCGUUAAUCAUUUUCCUGCGUCCGUUCCAGGGUUAAGGAACCACCCCGUUGGCAACUUAUCUAAUAAUGUUACAUUGGGAAUAGACCACCCUAUUCCAAGGGAGCACAGUAAUUUACAAAAUGUCACCAUGAAUUAUAAUAAUCAAUUCAGCAACGCCAACGCGAUUGGAAGAUCACAAAGUAGUAUGUCCCAUUCACGUACACCGAUUGCUUCGAAGUCAAAUAAUAUGACAGAUUUGCAUUCCGUCGUUUCCGACCCCGGCUCCUCUAAAAGCACGGCAUAUCCACCUCUGAGCUUGUUUUCCAAAAGUAAUGAUAUCAAUAGCAACAAAACGAACCAACGAUUUUCUACGGGCACUAACACUGUAACUUCUUCUAACUUCCAAACCAUCGAUAAUGAAAACAACGUGAAGACUCCUGGAAACAAACUAACGGAUUUUUUUCAGCAACAAAGUGCAGGCUGGAUUGAAGGCAACUCCAGUAAUGAUGACUUUUUUGGUUGGUUCGAUAUGAACAUGGAACAAGGUUUUUAA